AUGACUACUUUGGAUGAUAAACUGCUUGGUGAGAAGCUCCAGUAUUAUUACAGCAGUAGUGAGGGUGAGGAUGAAGACAGCGAGAAAGAAGAUAAAGAAGGGGAGAGCACCAUUCCUGAAAGCGUUGGGGAAGUAGACCUUAGCAGUGAUGGCAGUGCAGUCAACACAGGUCCCAAAGGAGUCAUUAAUGACUGGCGAAGAUUUAAACAACUGGAAACUGAACAGCGGCAGGAGCAGCGUAGAGAAAUGGAACGACUCAUUAAAAAGUUAUCUAUGUCGUGUAGAUCUCACUUAGAUGAAGAGACUGACAAGCAGAAGCAGAAAGAGCUUCAGGAAAAAAUCAAUGGAAAGAUGACAUUACAAGAAUAUAACAUGAUUCACAAUGAUGAAGAUGAUGAGGAGUUUUUACAGCGAUACAGGAAGCAGCGAAUGGAGGAGAUGAGACAGCAGUUGUACAGUGGGCAGCAAUUUAAACAAGUUUUUGAGAUUACCAGUGGAGAAGCGUUUUUGGACACAGUUGAUAAAGAGCAUAAGAGCACACUGAUCAUGAUCCAUAUUUAUGAAGAUGAUAUCCCUGGCACCGAAUCCCUGAACGGCUGUAUGAUCUGCCUGGCUGCUGAGUAUCCAACAGUUAAAUUUUGCAGAGUAAAGAGUUCGCUCAUUGGUGCUAGCACUCGCUUUACUAAUAAUGCUCUGCCAGCUUUGCUGAUCUAUAAGGCAGGUGAGCUCAUCGGCAAUUUUGUACGAAUCACUGACCAGCUUGGAGAAGAUUUUUUUGCUGUAGACCUGGAGGCUUUUCUGCAGGAAUGUGGUUUGCUUCCAGAAAAAGACCUAGUCCUCCUGACUUCUAUACGUAAUCCAUCUGCAUGUUACAGUGAAGACAGUGAUCUGGAAAUAGACUGAACCACUUAUACCAAGGGCCAGUAGGUGUAGUUGUACUGUGGGAUGUUCCUGUGCUAGGGAUUGUUCUCUCUGUCCUGUAGUGUGGGUAUGUGUUACUCGCCUUCAUGCACUUUUGACUUUUGCUUGUUAAAAAAUAACAUAAGGAAUUCAUAA